GGCCCAAAUUCACUUCUCGUUUAUCGCUCGGCCAAGUCGUUUCUCUGGGUGUCGAUUGUCGUGGCCUACUAGGACCUUCUCCCCACCUCAACUUAGAGCACCUCCUCGGAAAAGGGAAGCAGUAGUUAAAAGUGCCCACGUACAGUUUUCGUUUUUAAUUUGUUGAGCGCAGUAUAAUUAGUGGUGCCCCCGAAAAAGCAUCAGGAUUGUGGGUGCAGAGUAACAGAAGUAGCGCCGAAAAAUAACUGUUGAUUUUCGAAAAAUCGUGUUUGCAAGAAUUUUAGUUUUCCGCGAGAAUCAUUUAGGUGAUUGUGAAAAUUGAAAGUGCUCUCUACAGUCGCGAUAGUGUAUAUAGUGUGAAAUAUCCCUCCUCGGAAACGGAAGGGGACAAAGUCGUUUUCCUUCGGAAGAGUGCACACAUUGACGAGUAUUCGGAAAAAGGAAGUUUAAAGGUGAAUCAACCUAUUGGUGGAACCGUCUUUUUUUGCAUACAGCUCAGUGAUAGCUUUGAUUGAACGGAAAAAAAUCGUUGCCGUUUGCAAGAACACAAGGUGCACUUGGAUUACGUCGAUCUUUUCGGUAAAAGUGUCUGCCUAGGAGUGUGUCGCCUCGAGCAAAAACCUGUUUAAUCAGUUUUUUCGAAACAGAAAAAACCGCCGAAAAUCGCACACCACUGGGGCGAUAUUAGUGAACUGUCGUGAUCUACUUCGGAGCAGUCCCAAACUAGGCGUCCAGAAAUCGCCGUAAGAGUGGCAGUUUUUUCAUUCGAAGUUUUAACAGAAAGAUGGAUCUAAUAAACGGUGUGUACGGAGGAUGGCGGUACCUGAUGGAUGAACUGUCAGAUCCCCGAACAAACGAAUGGCCGCUCAUGAGUUCUCCGUUCCCGACCAUUGCCAUUAGUUUGACAUACGCUUAUAUCGUUAAGGUCCUCGGUCCCCGGCUGAUGGAAAACCGAAAACCGUUCGAGCUGCGCAAAGUACUCAUCGUCUACAAUGCAAUUCAGGUCGCCUUCAGCAUAUGGCUCUUCUAUGAGGCGUGCGUUGCAGGAUGGACGGCAGGAUACAGUCUCCGGUGUCAACCGGUUGACUAUUCCAGAUCUGAGAUGGGAUUGCGGAUGGCGCGAGGCUGCUGGUGGUAUUACUUCUCCAAGUUUACAGAGUUCUUCGAUACGUUCUUCUUUGUGAUGCGAAAACGUUACGAUCAGGUUUCCACGCUGCAUGUCAUCCACCACGGCAUCAUGCCGGUUUCCGUCUGGUGGGGAGUUAAAUUCACCCCAGGUGGCCACAGUUCGUUCUUCGGUUUGCUGAACACGUUCGUACACAUCAUCAUGUACGCCUACUACAUGCUGGCCGCCAUGGGACCAAAGGUCCAGAAGUACCUCUGGUGGAAGAAGUACCUGACCGUUCUCCAAAUGAUCCAAUUCGUCAUGGUGAUGCUGCACGCCUUCCAGCUGCUGAUCUGGAACCCAUGCAACUACCCAAUCGCCUUCGCUUACUUCAUUGGUGCCCACGCUGUGAUGUUCUACUUCCUGUUCUCCAACUUCUACAAGAAGGCCUACACGCAGCGAAAGCCCAAGAAGGACAAGGACGACAAACUGGCCCUGUCCAACGGAAACCUCGAGUCGGAACCAAACAAGAACAUCGAAUCGUCCCCGAUCAGCUCCAGCUUCCCGAACGGAAAGAGCUCCAGCUUCUACCAGGCCGUCGGCAAAACCGUCGAGGACAGCUACUCGGCCACGAGGCAUCGGGUCUACGUGGGUUCGGUGAACAACUGAAGUGGCUUCCGCGCCGCAGAUUAUUCUUUCUGUGAAACCAAAAGCUAUACACUGACACACGCUUCCAUGCCCAAGUUUGAAUUCUAAAUUAUCACAAACACUAGUAGGAUGAUAACUGUUACAAAAUCUAUUCCGAAUCGUUAACUCGGAGUUAACGAGAAUGAUUUUCAUCGUUUGCCGCUAGGUGGCAUUUUUCUCUAUUUCAGCAACGAAUCUUUCCACCACUAUAGAUUUUCAUGCCUUAUAACUGGAGAGGAUACAAAUAAUCGCUAAAUGUACGUUAAGUUCUGAAAUAGCGCUGAUAAGCUUUAAAACAAACAAGGGUAGCUAAGCGAAAUGUCGCCGAUAUGCGGUAUUGAUGAAAGCUAUAAGAAGACCACAAAUGCAAAACAAGAAAACAUUUCGCCAAUCGUUCUUUUCCACCAGAUGGCAGCACCAGCAACGGCGACGAACACUGUAGAAAACGCCCGAAGGAAACGAACAGGACUCAUCAUGUUGCACUUGCUUCAAACAACUUCGUCUUAUACUAUUUUUACAAAUCACAACUACAUCAUAUUUGUAAUUUGCGUUAAUUUUUAGAACGAGCUAAAAAGAACGUAAGCUACUCACUCACGAUGAAAUGCGGCACGCCGAAGUAGAUAAACAAUAGAACCGGAAAAGCUUAUGUUUCCUAAAAGCAAAAACUAGCUUGCAACUAUUCCGCAUCUUAAAUGGACAUCUUUCCCAGCCGGACAAUCAAUUGUACUGCAUAAAAGCUGCUUAAUUGCUCUAAGAGAGCAAAUCAGCUGUUAUCCAGCAUCUGUUGUCUGUUCGGUGGCCGAUAGCUCGAACGGAAGAUCUGAGUUUCCUUCGAAACGUGAAAUACGGCGUGUUCGAAAAAGCCGUUACUGAAAGCAGACCAUGCUGGAAAACCAAUGGGGAAUAAGAGCGACGACAAAAAGAGAGAAUCAAAAGACAAGGAACCCCAACGACGUUCGUUUACAAUUUACUGUACUGUUUUUUUCUCGAAUUAGUCCAUAAGUUUCACUAGGGUAUAGUAAUUUAACUAGCACGUAAGCGCUGAAAGCUAAGAGAUUUGUAAAUAGCUUUUAAAGUUUUUAUGUCUGUGAAAGUUGUGACAUUUGAAAUAGAGAAGAAAUAUCACUCCAUUCAAUCAAUGCUUUGCACUUAGAACUCUUUCUCUGGACGGAUUGAAGUAAUUAUCAUUUACAAUCUAUUUUAACUCUAUUUUUUAAUUUUUGUUAUCAGGAUGCGAGUUCAAUUCUAGAUCAGGAAGAAGAAGUAAAUGGAUGAUUUCUGUUUCACAUAUACUAUAGUGACAAUAAUGCACAGACAUACAUACAGUACACAUACAAUCCCGAAGGUUGCACAGUCACAUGAUUUCGUCGUAUGAGUGUGAAAUUUUGGUUGUGAGAAGAAUUGAUUCAUGCUCAUGGAUGAGCAAUGAGCAGAGGAUAAACGAGAAGCUAAUGUAGGGAAUAAAAUUGCCAAAUGAAAGUGGACAGUGAAUGCGGAAUGUGUAAACGACUGAUGUGCAAUACAUAAUAAAACGAGGAUGAUAAAAAUUAA